AUGUCCGACCCAACAGCUAUCAUCGCAUUAAUUGUUUCUAUGGUGGCUUUAGUCAUCGCUCUCGCCCAACUUCUAGCCCAGGUCAUCGGAACUGUCGAAGGCUAUCGGAGAUGCCAGGCUGCAGUUAUGGGAGCGUGGGCCAGGAAGACGCAUCGCGUCUGGCACUGGCGACAAUGCCGAUAUGAGACACUGUUCACCACGCCUGAAAUCGUGUUGACACCAUACGAUCCGUCAAGCUCAGAAUCCGUCGCCAUGACAGGAUAUGAGGACUCACGAAAACAAACUUUCGAAAUAGAAGAUAAGAUUGACCCAAGUCACCAACUGGUAUGUUGGGUAUAUCUUCUCAGCGCCCUUCAUGAGAGCAUAGCACCAAUAGCCCGAGAGGUUUUUGCAAUUAUCCCACAUCAGAACCAACGGCUAGACAACACAACAUGGCCGACAAUACAUUUCCGACAAAGGUCGUGGGACUUCAUGCCUCCUGAUGUUGUGAGGCCUUACGCAACAACACGAGUCAACGACAUUGCAAUCCUAGCUCGCCGUGCGGGUGUGACCUGGAAGGACUUUCGACCAGCUGAGGGUAUCAUGGAGGGACAAGGAGGAGGCCACGUAUUCUCAGCGACGACAGUUCGGGGAAUUGGUGUGAUGUUGAAUUAUACGAGGAUUUCCGACGGGGACAAUGGUCACAGUUCACGCCUUCCCGGCCAUCUCUGCGUUUGCACUCCCGAAGCGGACAUGAUGUGGUUUGGCAUACUAGGAGGAAACCCCAUGCUGGCCAGACAGGACAAGUUACCUCCUAGAUAUCAAGUUGGGACUUUAGAUGAGCUUUAUGGAACUCUCUGGGAAAUUGAUCCCGAAGGAAUUGCAGUCAAGCACUGCAAUGAAACACAAAGGAGACAGGCUGGAUUACUACACGGAGUUUGUGAUAUUGUGCCAAUGCUGGCACCUUGGUUACGUCAGCCUGGCUCUAUGGUGAAUGAGUAUCCCAGACCGCUGGGAGGCACCAAAGGUCUGACAUGGCAUUGUACUGCGUACAAGGUAUUUUAUGAGGAACUCAAGAAUUACAACAGGGAUGGGACAUGGCAGACACGACAGAUCGCAAUAUAUUACGAACAACUACAUCAAGGCUACGGACAGGAAUGGGACGGAGUUAGUAAAGGCCUAACAAGUCGCCGCAUGGACUUCUACGAUACUCUGGAGAAGAUGUAUAAAGAGACUACUGAUUACUUCACGGGUGCUCUACCAGCCUACUGCUACGCUACCGACACCAAGUGGCAACAGUCCCAUUACAUCGAUCUCGUCAGUGCCCAUCUACGUGAAGCGCCUCGUUCCUUUGCGGAUGGUGAAAGGGAAGUCAGAGAGGGUAGAGGCAUAUACGACUAUCUCAAUACAGAUGGAGACAGGUAUUGGCGAGGCGAGGCGAUGUAUUACUAUUGGUGCUACAUGCCUGACUAUGUGAGAUAUAUGGGCCAAAGGGGUUGCAAGAAUGCUCAGCUGGUAGAGGAAGCCUGGAUCACCCUGGUGUUCAGGGCUUUCCUAUGGCAACGAGCGCAUAUACCUAUUGAAAAUGAUCAACCGAUCCCAUCGCAGUACUACGGGAGCAGACUCCCGAUCUUUAUCAGUUAA